UUGGCCUCUGUCGGAGUUUGUUUGCAAAUUUUAAUUUUCUGAUGACUCGAACAACGGUUGUUGUUGCUCACCGUUCACGCUUCUCCAAACAUCCUCAGUGGAUAGGCAGGAAAACCCAUUUUGAAGGAAUUCUCUGCUUUUCAAAUUUGAUUUGACAGCGCCUUUACUAUGUAUUUUCCCCAUCGCGAGUCCUAAUUUCCAAAAAUUGAUCGAACCGAUCGACUUGAAAUGUCAUGUUUUUAUGACCAAAAAAAAAAAAAAAAAUUGCUUAUGACGAUGACGUUCCCAGAACUGCAAAAAAUGUCGAGCUCACACGACCGCUUUUAAUUCUACAUGCCAAACCUUGGCCGUAAUCCAACCAGCGAACCGCGUCCUCCGCACGCUUUGGCCGCACCAAGAUGGCCGCCGAGCGGUUUCAACCAAUCGGCAUGCCGCUCGAUGCGUCUUGAUUUUUAGGUCGACGAGUCCGAGAUGGAGUCCAAAAUUAGACACGCAACGCGCAGCAGCGAAUAGAAAAGUCGCGGCCGGCGUGUCCAUCGUUGUCAUGGAGUAAAAGUAUCCAUCCUUCUUCAAAGUACAGUACAGAAAAGUACUUCUUCUUCGGAUUUUCCUUUCGGCUUGUCCCGUUAGGGCUCACCUUUUCCCACCUCGUGCAUCCUCUGACAAAUGUCACGAACGGAGUCGAGCGAAUGUAGCGGGUUGGCUCCCCGCCUCCGUAAAAGGAUUAUUGAUUGAAGUUGACUAUUUCCCGUAUCGCCGUGUCGGGCCUUCGGGUUUGUUCCCGGCCAAAGGUCGCGUUUGGCUUUAUUUGGCAGCGCGCUGGGCCCGCUAAUUAGCCGCUAAGCCGCCCUGACGGAAGGAGGUCAACGGGAGAAGACAAACGCGAGGAAUCAGUAGACGCGGGACUGACUCCUUUUCUCACCCUGGGGGGGGACGCGUCGAGCUAAGAAGGUCGGCGCGGUCGGGGGUCCGACGAAAGUUGGUGUAUCCCUUCGAUCAGCAUGUCCGAGGCAGAAGAGGGAAUCCCGGCGCCGACUCGUGCAGAUUCCACUUCGACCGACGGCCAAAGCGGGACCGCCUCGUCUCGGGCGUCUCCGUCGGGCUCGGUGUCGGAGACGCCGAGCAAGUCCGCCAGGAAGUCCAAGAAAAGCAACGACAGCAUGAACAAAGUCUACAACUCGGUGCUCAACAGUGUUUUCGGGGCUGAACGGGAAUUGGCACAAGGUGAAUUAGACGGUUGUUUUUGGCGGUGGGUUUUUUCCUUUCUCACAGAGCUGCAGGAAGCCUUCAAGGAGUUUGACUACGACCAAGACGGGUACCUGAACUACAAAGACGUGGCCGAGUGCAUGAGGACCAUGGGGUACAUGCCCACCGAGAUGGAGCUGCUGGAGAUCGUGCAGCAGAUCAAAAUGAGGAUGGGCGGCCUCAUGGACUUCGAAGACUUCACCGAACUGAUGGGACCGCGAAUGAUGGGCGAGACGGCGGACAUGCUGGGACUCAAAGAGCUCCGCUCGGCCUUCUUACAGUUUGACCUGGACGGGGACGGGAAGAUCACCCAGGACGAGAUGAAGGAGGCGGCCAAGAGCCUGCUGGGGGAGAAGCUGAAGAAAGGCGAGCUGGAGGAGAUCCUCAAGGAGUUGGACAUCAACGCAGAUGGAAACAUUGACUUUGAAGAAUUUGUCAUGAUGCUCUCCGUCCGCUAGCGGAAUCCAGGCCCCGUGACGACGACGAUACCAAAAAUCGAUGAACUUUCGAUCGCGCGACAUACAACUUGUGCGAUUAAUCGGACACAACUGAAAUAAAGUUGAAUAGGUUUGAUUAUUUUAAUAAAGAAAUCCAGACA